AUGGCAUUGUGGAACACGAGCGUUUCAAAGUCCCCUACAGGGAACAGAUUGAUAAAACUCCUUUUCCUCGUCAGUUGUGGCCUGGUCGCGACAGUAACAGGGGAGCCCAAUGUUUUCUCUCUUCCCCUCCACAGAAGUGAACGUCGCUCGGUUGUGAAGCGCGACCAUGCCGGGGUUCUACUGGAAAAUGACUAUCCCUACGGACUGUACUGGGUAAAUGCGACAGUGGGGACCCCUGGGCAGUUAGUGCAGCUUCAGAUCGACACUGGUAGCAGUGAUGUAUGGGUGUUUGGUCCGCACUCUUGUGUCCAGUCCACGUCCCCUUGCCUUGGUGGCUAUUAUGAUGGCUCCCAAUCAAGCACAUAUAAGUUGAUCGAUCGAGGCGGGUUCAAUAUUACGUACCAAGACAACUCGGGAGCCAGAGGGGACUAUGUCUCAGAUAACUUCGCGAUCGGGGCAGUAGGCAUCAAGGACUUGACUAUCGCGGUCGCUACAGAGGCGACGGGCGCUGGCACGGGCACAGGCGUCAUGGGCAUCGGGUUUGACUCGGACGAAUCCAUAGUGGCCAGUGGUGGCAAGCCCUAUAAAAACAUUAUUGAUGUGAUGGUCGACCAAGGUCUCAUCAACUCGCGUGCCUACAGUCUAUGGCUCAAUGAUGUUGGUGCUCAGACAGGAACUAUUCUGUUCGGCGGCUAUGAUACGGGUAAAUUCAGGGGCAAGCUGGUCGCGUUGCCCAUCCAACCCGACCAAACUGGGCAGAUCACCUCUAUGUCGGUCGCGUGGACAUCUCUAUCAAUUACAGAUCCCACGCAGGGCACUCAGACCCUAACGGGGAGUAACUUUGCCCAGCCAGUGAUCCUGGAUUCAGGGACUACCUUGACAUAUAUCCCUCCCGACCUAUAUUACCAGGUCGCCUCUUUUGCUAAUGUCAUGUCUGCCCAGAACAAUGACGGCGGUCUUGUCGAGUGCGAGGUUAUGCAGUCUUACAAAGGGACCCUGGAUUUUGGAUUCGAUGGCGCUGCAGGGCCAGUGAUCUCCGUUCCCUUCUCAGAGCUAUCUUUCCCCUACACAGACCAAAAUGGGAACGCCGAGAAAUUUGACAACGGCAACACUGUCUGUCAAUUUGGACUUGCACCGGCUGAGGAAAACGCCCCGCUGCUAUUUGGCGACACCUUCCUUCGCUCCGCAUAUGUCGUGUAUGAUCUGGACCGUCAGCAGAUAGCCAUUGCUCCUACCGUCUUCAAUAGCGACAUCACUAAUAUUGUGGAACUUGGCCCACCUGGAUCCUCUGCAACCCCCACUUGGCAUGUUGCGAAUGCGAUCAGCGUCCAGCAGAUGGCGACAGGCCCGCCAGAAAAACCAGGGUUAUUUGCCGCGGGCACAGCCACAGUUCCGAUUUCUUUCACGCAAACAGCCAGUGGCUUCCAUCUCUCGGGGUCCAGUAUCCCUCCUACUAGCGGGCCUUCUCAAUCAAGCGGCAGCGCCGCCUCAUCGGGUUCGACCGCCAGCGGUGGCGUCCUAGCCAACGUCGCCAUCGGCUCUCUGUUUGUAUUUAUAGGUUCUACGUUACUUUUGGUCGCAUGA